CUUUCUUCAGUCAAAAACAGCAAGCCGACCUGCUAUAGUAUUUGGUAUAAGGUCUAUAUAUAUAUAGUAAUUUAAGUAGAAAAAAGAAAGGAAAAGGGUGAGAAGAGAAAGAAUAUGGGAACAUAUUUCCAAACACCAGCAGUGGUUCCUGAAGAACAGCAAAAUACAAUCAUACGCCAAUCUUCCCAAAAUAGAAAGGAAGGGGAACAGCUCGAUGCUGGUGCUCUUUUUGUUCUUCAAUCCAAAGGAUCAUGGGUGCAUUGUGGAUACCACUUGACAACAUCAAUAGUAGCACCAGCACUGCUAAGCUUACCAUACGCAUUCAAAUUUCUUGGAUGGGCUGGAGGAAUAAUAAUGUUAAUUGUUGGAGCAUUGGUCACAUUUUAUUCUUAUAAUUUAUUAUCUCUAGUGUUAGAACAUCAUGCCCAAUUGGGUCGUCGACAUCUUCGUUUCAGAGAUAUUUCACAGGAUGUAUUAGGACCAAGAUGGGGAAAGUAUGUGAUAGGACCAGUUCAAUUUGCUGUUUGCUAUGGUGCUGUUGUUGGCUCUUGUCUUUUGGGAGGUCAGUGCAUCAAGGCAAUCUACAUAUUGUUCAACCCUAAUGGAGGAAUAAAGCUGUAUGAGUUCAUCAUGAUGUUUGGAGGGCUAAUGUUAAUCCUGGCUCAAAUGCCUUCCUUUCACUCACUCCGCCAUAUUAACCUCAUUUCUCUCCUUCUUUGUUUGGCUUAUAGUGCGGCUGCCACUGCUGCCUCUAUCUACAUUGGUCAUACAUCAAAAGGACCAGAGAAAGACUAUUCACUUGCCGGCAACUCAGAAGACCGUGUAUUCGGUAUAUUCAAUGCAAUAGCAAUUAUUGCAACAACAUUUGGAAAUGGAAUUAUUCCAGAAAUUCAGGCAACACUAGCACCUCCAGUAAAAGGGAAGAUGUUCAAAGGACUAUGUGUGUGUUACAGUGUAGUGUUGGUAACAUUCUUCAGCGUAGCAGUGUCUGGUUACUGGGCUUUUGGAAAUCAGGCUGAAGGACAAAUAUUAAGCAACUUUGUUGUUGCUGGACACGCUUUGCUUCCUAAGUGGUUUGUUUUUAUGACCAACGCCUUUGUCUUUCUCCAAAUUGCUGCCGUUGGUGUGAUAUAUUUGCAACCAACAAAUGAAGUGUUAGAAGGAGUAUUAGCAGAUCCAAAAAGUGAGCAAUUCUCAGCACGAAACGUGAUCCCAAGGGUGAUAUCACGCUCUCUAUCAGUGGCCAUAGCAACAACAUUAUCAGCAAUGCUUCCAUUUUUUGGAGAUAUAAAUGCAGUGAUUGGAGCAUUUGGGUUCCUUCCACUUGACUUCGUUCUUCCAGUCGUAUUAUUCAAUGUUACUUUCAAGCCUUCCAAGCGUACCUUUACUUUUUGGUUAAACUCCACUAUUGCUCUUGUUUUCUCCAUUUUAGGAAUCAUUGGCUCUGUUUCUGCUGUUAGGCAGAUCAUUCUUGAUGCCAAAUCUUAUAGAUUGUUUGCUAAUGUAUGAAUUAGUCCUCUUUUUUUUUUUUCUUAAAAUCUCUUCUAUAUGUGAUGGUAAAAUGGCCACACAUAAGAUACAUCAUGCUAAUUGGGUGAAAUGGGCUAAAAGUUGAGAUGUUAAUGAGAUUGAGGUUAUUGAGGAGGAUAUAUAUUUUAAUGAUUCCUUCCCACAAGCUUUUUUUGUCAAAUUGUAAAAACCAUAUCAAAAGUAUACUUUAUGUGUUUUUUAAGGAUAUAUGAUUAUGUUAGUCUUAUGUUUCUAGCA